AUGCCUCCACUUAGUCACCAGCAGCUUGCCGCCGCCGUCCUCAUGUUCCAUCGGCCAUCAAGAGUAUCGCCCAUGCAUGACGCCCGCCGUUCGCAACCUGAGUCUCGUCGCUAUGGACUCCCUCGCUCACCAACACUCGACAUCGUAGAUAGGUUUCCCCUCGUGGCCGUUGUCCAACACGACCCCUCUCAGCACCCGAAUGACCCACUUGGAGUUUGCCCUUGAUGCUUAGCAGCGCAUCCGCCCGAUUUGCAGUAGAUCCUUUGCGCGCCCGCUUGCUAGAACCUUGUCAGACUCGCGCUCCUUGUGCUUCCCUUCCUCUUCUCUACCGCUUCCCGACAUUAGCCAGACUGCUAAUCUUCGGUAGAGAACAGAUCAUCCAGCCGCACCGCCGUCUCGUCAGACCGCGUCUGUGCCGCCUUGCGACUUCUCCCAAUCGGACCGUCCGUCGCAACCGUAGCCACGUCGACGCGCCCAACAGUAGCCCCAGCGGUCGCUACACCCAGUUCCGAAAAGUUCCACGACCUACACACUACAGUGAACAAGGUGCGGUUCCCAGGGAGGGAGGACCGUGUCAAGCGUUUCCCUGAUGGGACUUCUCAGAGCGAUAGGAAGCGCUUCUGGAGAUGGCUUCAUGACCGGUUUGCGUCUGCUGUCGAGCAGGACACCCACUGGCGGCUCAUGUACGACGUGACGCCGACGCGCAAGAGGCAGCAUACUCAGGGUCAUGCCUCUUCGCCGACGUGUCUGUUCUGCGGCAACGAUGCAGCGGUCAUCGAGACGGUGUCCCACUACUUUUUCGAGUGCGCGUACUCGACCAGCUUCUGGGGUGGGGUGCUACGCAUUCUGCUUGACAAGCUCGGCAUCGAGGAUACCGACGUCGAUCCGUCGACGUUCACUCCGGAGCAGCUGACUAUGGGGCUCCCCCUUUUGCGGGGUCGUGGGAGAACGACCUCGAAAUGGAUGUGGGUUCGGCUGGCCUGCGCGAUCGGCUUCCAGCGGCUGCACCUGCUCCGCUGGCGCGUUCAUCAGCGGUUCGAGCUGGACAACGUCGUGGCCCCUCCCUCGCUUCCCAGUACGCUCAGAGCGUUCGAGCGAGAUUUUCUCUCUCGAGCGGGUUUUGUGCCUGGGGUUCGAGAUUGGGAGGUGUGAUGACCGAGUUAAGUCCUUCCUUCCCAUUUUCCUCCCUUCCUUUUCGGUCAGAAGCUGACUGUCUUGAAACUUGUUGCGCAGUGGAAGGCUGCGCACCUCUCCCUCUCUCUACUUUGCGCAGUAGCGAUUUUCGUUCUUGGAUGGAUCGGCAAGCCGGGUCGAUCGUCGUUGCGUUGGAGGCUUUGUGAAGUUCUCCCCCCUCUUUCCCCCCCCCUUUUUUUUCCCUUCCCUUCCUCUUCUCUUUCCUGUUGCUCGGUUGUUGACUACGCUUCAGCCACUUCUCCUUUUAUUCCUAAGCCGUGUGUUGGAUUCCGUCAAAUAGAUCGUUCGUUCGCGUUGGUCAAGAUCUACGGCAUGGAUCGGGAAGAAAGGUCGCUCGUUUCUUGGUCAAUAUCCUCGCGUCAAGGCGAGGCUCGUUUCGUGGUAUUGGAUCGUUUUCGCUUGGCCCCGACGGCUCAACAGCCAGCACUCGAGACUCAGCCAAGGGAGGACAUCAGGCGCUGUCGGGGUGACGAGUAG